UUUGCACUUGCAAAUGUCACUGAAUACAUUUUGCACAGGAUUUUAAAAGGUUCUUUUACAAGCACUAUUUUUAACAGCCAAAUCCGCCCCCCAAAACAGAGAGGAAAAAGCCCUAGGUAUUUUUCUUUGAUCGAUCUCAGUUUAUGAUCAGCUGAAGCAUCUCUCACAAUAUUUCUGAGGCUGGUUUUAUUUUAUGUUUUUAUCAUUGAAGUUGAGAUUUUUGGAGGUGGUGUGGAUUUUUUGGAAGUUUUUUUUUUAAAUUUUUUUUUCCUACUGGCAUGAGAAAAUUUGAGAAUUUAAUUGCAGUAGAAUACUUGGAAACAGUGAGGCUGGAAGCUUGAAAGGCAGAGGGAAGAGAAGGAAGGCUCUCACAGCAGAGCAUGGAUAGGAAAGGAGCUGUGAUUCUGCAGUGCUCAGUGUGCACAUGUUUUAUGAGAUCAGUGCCGGGCGCUGCAGCUGCGGACACUAACUGAGCUGUCUGGCUAAUGAAGGCCACCUGGAUCAGGCUUCUGAAAAGAGCCAAAGGAGGACGUCUGAAGAAUUCUGAUAUCUGUGGUUCGGCGGACUCCUACACCAGCCGUCCAUCUGAUUCAGAUGUAUCUCUGGAAGAAGAUAGGGAAGCAGUGCGGAGAGAGGCAGAGAGACAGGCCCAGGCACAGCUGGAAAAAGCAAAGUCAAAACCUGUUGCAUUUGCAGUUCGGACAAAUGUUGGGUACAGCGCAGCUCACGAAGAUGAUGUUCCAGUCCCGGGCAUGGCCAUCUCAUUUGAGGCUAAAGAUUUUCUUCAUGUUAAAGAAAAAUUUAAUAAUGACUGGUGGAUAGGACGAUUGGUAAAAGAAGGCUGUGAAAUAGGAUUCAUACCAAGCCCAGUCAAACUAGAAAACAUGAGGCUGCAGCACGAACAAAAGGCAAAACAAGGAAAAUUCUACUCCAGUAAAUCAGGAGGAAACUCUUCAUCCAGUUUGGGUGACAUCGUUCCUAGUUCCAGAAAAUCGACGCCUCCAUCAUCUGCUGUAGACAUAGAUGCCACUGGCUUAGAUGCAGAAGAAAAUGAUAUUCCAGCAAACCAUCGCUCCCCCAAACCCAGUGCAAACAGUGUAACAUCACCCCACUCCAAAGAGAAAAGAAUGCCCUUCUUUAAGAAGACAGAGCACAUCCCUCCCUAUGAUGUAGUGCCUUCUAUGCGACCAGUAGUUUUAGUGGGGCCUUCUCUGAAGGGAUAUGAGGUAACAGAUAUGAUGCAAAAAGCAUUAUUUGAUUUUUUAAAACAUAGAUUCGAAGGGCGUAUAUCAAUUACACGAGUCACAGCAGACAUCUCGCUUGCCAAACGCUCAGUAUUAAACAAUCCCAGUAAGCAUGCGAUAAUAGAGCGAUCUAACACGAGAUCAAGCCUAGCUGAAGUUCAAAGUGAAAUUGAGCGGAUUUUUGAAUUGGCCAGGACACUGCAGCUGGUAGUGCUUGAUGCUGAUACCAUAAACCACCCAGCUCAACUGAGCAAAACCUCUCUGGCCCCCAUUAUAGUAUACGUAAAGAUUUCUUCUCCUAAGGUUUUACAGAGGUUGAUAAAAUCUCGAGGGAAAUCUCAGGCCAAACACCUUAAUGUUCAGAUGGUGGCAGCUGAUAAACUGGCACAGUGUCCUCCUGAAAUGUUCGAUGUAAUUCUUGAUGAGAACCAGCUUGAAGAUGCUUGUGAGCACCUUGCUGACUAUCUGGAAGCCUACUGGAAGGCCACACAUCCACCUAGCAGCAAUCCUCCUAACCAGCUUCUCACUCGCACACUUGCAACAGCCACUCUUCCUAUUAGCCCAGGUCCAAAUAUUAAUUUACAGCAGGGAUCUCAUGGAGACCAGAGGAAUGACCAUUCGGUCCCUGAGCGCAGCGGUUCCCACAUUGAAGAGGAAGCUCGGCUCGAGCCCAUCAAGAAAUCCCAGCACCGCUCUUCCUCCAGCCAACACCACAACCAUCGCAGUGGUGCCAGAGGCCUUCACAGGCAAGAAACUUUUGACUCAGAAACACAAGACAGCAGAGAUUCAGCUUAUAUAGAGCCAAAGGAGGACUACUCACAUGAGCAUGGUGACCACUAUGAUCCUCACAGGGAUCAUAAUCACAGGGACGAGUCCCAUGGGAUCAGUGAACACAGACACAGAGAAUCCCGGCAUCGCUCGAAGGAGAGGGACCGCGAGCAGGACCACAAUGAAUGCAACAAACAGCGCAGUCGUCAUAAAUCAAGGGACCAAUAUUGUGACAAGGAUGGGGAAGUGAUAUCGAAAAAACGUAACGAUGCAGGAGAGUGGAACAGGGAUGUUUACAUCCGGCAGUAACUUUUGCCUCUGGCAGUCUUGUGUUUCUUUGAAGUCUUGUAAUGAUGCCCCUUGAAAAUAACUUGGGUUCUUCUUUGCAGAACAUAUGGUACCCUUCUGUAUGCUGAUUUGUAUUGCUGUUGCUUGCAUAGCAAUAGCAUGAAAUAGAGUAUUCAUAUACUUAUUUUUUUGGUUAGUGCUAUAUGAAUUAGUGUAGUACAACUGAAGAGUUCCUGAUGUUGUACUAUGACAUUUUUCAAGCUGUUUUUGGUAGCUGCCACUUGAACAAUAUCUGUUGCCAUCAAGGUGUUGUUAGUGUUUUUUAAAAAAAAGUACAUUUGAUGUUUAAUAACGUCCCAUGUAUUCAGCAAGCCAGGAUCAGCACAUAAAAAAAAUCUAAAACUUUUUGUCUGCUCUGAUUUUUAAUUUGUAUGCACUUGGUUUGCAUAUUGUUUUAAGCACCACUCUGUUGCUUGUACCUCUGGUGGUCUCCGUAUGAAGACAGAAUUCAGUCUUGCCUUACACACAGGGGAUCAUGGAGUCAAAAUCUAUUUUCUAUGUACUGGUACUGUGUACUGUAUAUACAGUUUAUAAAUGUUAUUUCUGCAGACACCUUCUUACUAUAUAAGUUUGAUCACACUGUUUUAGAGUCCUAAUGCCAAGUCAGCAGAUUUGCUUUUGAAUUACUGGCAACUGGAACUAGCCUCACUUAGGAAAUCUGUAACAGUGUUCAAUCUAAAUACAUUUUCUUCUGUAGCAGAAAGCUUAUACUUAUUGUAAAUACGGAUGAGUGCUUGAGAUAAAGGGUGUAACUCUUAUACCUUAUGCUGUCCUUGCAAACCAAAUUUUGCAUUUUAAAGUUACGGUAAUGAACUUACCGCUAUAAAUUAAUCUUCUCUGUUCAGGUCACAAUAUUGCAAUGGGCACAGCUUAAUUUUUGUUCUACUGUCAGUAAACAGAGCACACAUGUUUGAGACAUGUAUGUAGGUGGGUGGGCGGUGAAUCGGCGUUCGUGUGUGUGUGCAGGUUAGGCAGCAAACUGUGAGAAUCUACUGAAGAAAACAAAGGUUACUCAAAAGCCCAACAAGUCUAUUUCUACAUUUUGUCUCUUAAUUUAAAAAUCCAAAUUGCAUUCAGGGAAUAUGAGGGAAUUUACUGACCCAGGUAAUUGGGAAAGCAUAAAUCUGCUGGCUCUUUGUUGAGACUUUCAGGAGAGUAAAAACAGGCAAAUGUUACUGUGAGUUUCACUGGAAAUGUAAAAUCUUUGUGGUUUAGAGUAUUUGUUUUAGUAAGAAAAGUUUACACAGCUUGUGGAGAGUUAUUUUGUUGGAAAAUAAAUUUUUGUAGCUUCUCCACUUUUUCUACACUUGCCAAUUCUCUGCAUUUCAACUCUGCAGCCAGCUCACUGCUUUUCCUUCACCAAAGCUGUUGUGCUGCUGAUGAGAGCAUAGAAAAAUGACUGUGAUUCUGUUAGGAGCUUUCUAGUGAAAAUGCAUUGAAAUCAAAGGGACUGAACACAGCUUGUUUUGCAGUGAACACCUGUUGCACUGGUAAGUGGGGGGAAAAUCACUAUUAUUUUUGACUCCAGGUUCCAUGCCCUUGCCCAGUGUAAAAGCUGUUCUGCAUCACAUGUAGUCUUUGUAGUACUUGUAUGAAUGAAAUACUUUUUGUAUUUCCCUGUAAAUAGCACAUUAUAUAAAAACUGUAGUGUGAUAAUAAUUAGUUUAGCUGGGAGUUAUUUUUAUUUAUUGUUUCAAUUCUGGGAAUAUCAGCAUUGCCUGAUUUUGAAUAUCAUUUUAGUGAAAUGGAUAAGAUAUAUGGCAGGUGCAUGCUUUCCCCAGUCUCCCAGCCCAGCAUCCAAGACACUCCCUUAAACAUUCUCUGUCCUUCCUCUCUUACCCCUCUUCCUGAUGCUUUAUAAGCAUUUUUAACAACCUAAGAGUGGGAAAUUCUGCUGUCAGUUAUCUGGCCAUUCCUCCCAGUGCUGCUGACUGUUGUGGUUUUUCAAGGGUAGCGUUUGGCUCAAAGCAUGAACUGUGAGGAACACAAGAAAAAAGGUUAUUUUUCUAGAAAUAAAAUUCUCAUCAUUUUUCUAAACAUCACUAAAUGGCUUUGUAGAGUAAGGAAGAAUAGGUAAGUAGAUAUGUUGUAUUACUAAAUGGAUAUAGAAGGGUACAUAAACUGGUUUAUGAUACAAGAGAAUUUUCAGGGUAUCUGUAAAAAAUUACAUUAAAAGGCUGUUUUUUGAAUCAUAUCAGAUGACAUGUAAGUGGGAAGAAAGUGAUAUUGUCUUGCUCUGUAUACCCUGGCUUUAGCUAAUUUACCAGCUGCAGUAAAUAGUGUUGCUCCCUGCAACUCAAAAGAGCUAUGUCCUCUAAGAAGUGAUUCCAUUUCAAUAGCUUGAAUAUUUUUUCUUUUUUUUGUUGUUUUUUUUUUUGCUUUGUGUUUUUUGUUUUGUUUUUUUAUACUUUUGCUCCAGAGAGUGUUUAUUUUUCAGCUUACUGAAAGUAUUUUUUAAGGAAUAUUUGGCAGAAUUUGAAAGCACUGAGUAGUAUACAAAAACUAUGGCAUAGGUAGUUGUGUAUAGACAAAUAAAUGAGAAAAUAAAGAGCAUAGACCAAACCCUAGUAUUUAAGUAUGGCCUACAUAUUGAUUCAUGGAGCAUAAACAUCA